AUGUGCGGCCGCCUACGGCGGAGCGGAGGGAGAGGAGGGCGGAUUUGUCGGCGGAGAGGUCUUGGAGUGAGGGAAGAGGAAGAGAGAGGAGGAGGAGGAGGAGAGUGGAGAGGAAUGUGGAGAGAUUGGCCAUUGAAGGAGAGCAAAACCCUAGAGAGAGGUUUGAAGAAGAAGAAAGGUGUGGUGGUUAUUACAGAGAGGAGUGUGAAGUGUAAGGCAAAAAACAAAGAACAUGGGUGGUGGGUUAAAGGACUGGUAGGAGGACCCUAA